AACCGCUCGAAAGAAGUGUGCCGGGUUUGGCGGGGAAGGAGGAGGAGAAGUGGGGGAAGAGGAGUCGGUGAAGCGGCAGCUGAUCGCACCGAGUCCCGAAGUCGUGGAGCUGCUCGCAGGGUCGGCGGUUUCCAGCCCGAUGAUUGAGCCCAGCCUUGGAGCAACCUCAUAAUCCCUCCCCUUGCAGCGUGGCUCCUUACUAUGCUGCGAUUGUUUUAAUUUAGGAUGAGCCACAUGUGGAAACAAAUCUAUAAAGGAAGUAUGACCCUGACCACUGCCGUGCAGAGACGGUCCUGUUUCCGUGUUGGAAGACUCGUAACCAACUCAGCAUCAUCUUUCCUCAGUACUGCGUGCAGGUCUGAUAUAAAGCCAAAGGUGCAGAUACACAAACAGAGGCAGCAUGUGAAAAGAGGCAAAGCUGUUAGUAUCCUCCAGGAUCCAGGCAUCCCCGUGCUAGGAAAGAUGACCAGACAAGAGCUUGUGGAACUGCUAGCAGCCAGUGUGGUAUACCAAGAAUAUCCUCUAAUUGGCUUUAAUAAACCUCCAGGACUCUCUAUCACAGGUACGUCAGACCUUUGCUUGACUUCACUGCUUCCAGAUCUUCAGCAGCAGCUGCAGCUUUCCGAAACGCUUCAUGUUGUGAAAGCAAGUCACAGGGACUAUUCUGGUCUGGUUCUGCUUUCCACCUGUCACCAAACCACCAAACACAUCGAGGAUGCCUUCAUCCAGGCUCGCAGAAAGAAGGAAACAUUAGCAAGUUACUGUGCAGUGACAGUGGGUGUUCCAGAACCUGCGGAGGGCGAAAUCAACAUUGCCCUGAAACAACAGAAUAUUGGUGAGCAAAAGCUGGUGGUUCCUGUGUUUCACCCUACUCCUGGAAACUUUCAGCGGAAAGAAGCAAAGAAAGCAAUUACACGAUACAAAGUUCUGGAUGCUGCAGCUGGUUGUGCUUUAGUGCAGCUUCUGCCUCUUACAACCUUUGAGAGCUUGUUGGAAGUUCACCUCGCUGUCAAACUCUGCACAGUUCUUGGGGAUCACGUAUACUCUGCCCGCCUGGGCAAGGUUCUUGGAGUUCCUUUCUGCCUUCCUGCAGAAUCAGUAAUUCCUCAAACUCAGGUAUUGGAUGAGUCCUUGCUGCGGAAGCUACAUUUGGAUCAAAAACAGAUGUGGAAAAUACCAAUUCACCUUCACUUACAAAGACUUACAAUUCCACCGUUUGAAACUAAGAAAUCAGAGACAGUCAUUACAGCUGCUCCCCUGGCUUACUUCACCAGGACUCUUGAACUCCUGGGUUUAACAAUGAAUGGAUCUGCUGAUGAAAGUAUAAGGAAAAGAAGGAAAUGAAGAAUUACGUUCAGGGCUGUCUGAGCCAGAACUCUGAGAUAAAGGCCCAACUUCUGUGUGGUCAUAGUGAAAUCCAAAUGUUAGAAACUUAUAAGAUCAGGACAUGUUUGUAACAGUCCUUCUUUCACAACACGAUGACAUGGAACUGAAUGACUGCAACCUGCAGAGAUGGUACAGAUCUCCAGGACAAUCAUAACAAUUGUACCUUAAUUAAAAUGAGUUUAGAAAUUGGGUUAAAUAAAUAUUUUUUGGUUUUCCUCA